AUGUUGAUUACUACCGACUUCGAUCGUAUACAUCCAGAUAGGGAAGUGAAAUUGUUCUCAAAGUGGCAGACCUUCUAUGACGAUUUAUACAAAUUAUGCGAAAGGAACAUAAAAGAUUUUUCUUUUGCCGACAUCCAAGAAAAUGCUAAGGCAGAUAACGAAGAAGUCAGAUUCAUCCACCAAUUGAUGAGUAUACCAUUUUUGAUUCCUCCCAAAGGAAGACUGAUCCAAAAUAAAUCGCACUGGAAAUUUUCCAUCCAGGAGGUUGUUCAAGGAUUGAUUGUUCAUGCCAAGAGCUCCGGAGAUAUUGGACAGAUAGUCGAAGAUCAACGAAAUAAAGCUUCCAAAGAAAGCAAACUGUUCAACCCUAUUUGCUGAUCUUAGGAGAUUCUCUUCUGGAACCAAAGAGUUUCUAUAUAGUUGUAGAUGAGCUUCAUCUACAAUUCUCCUCUGCACGUAAGGCUUUCGACGUUUUAUUCAAAUUGUUCCAUGUCCUGGAUGUGGACUAUCCUGUUCAGUGUCAGUACAUAUAUAUGAUUAUUCAACGCUGUGUUUAUGACAUUAUAACAAAAACAGACGUUAUUCCCACUUAUACUUUAGAAUUUGUCACAAAACUUUCGUCUUAAACGAAAUUCCGAAAAACUUUCAGUUUUAUCAAUUUUUUAUG